AUGUCUUGUUUCCGAUCAGAAGAAUCUAGAGAACAACAACGAAUAAGUCGAGAAAUUGAACGUCAAUUACAUAAAGACAAGAAUACAGGAAGAAAAGAAGUGAAAUUAUUAUUACUUGGGACUGGAGAAUCCGGUAAAAGUACUUUUGUAAAACAAAUGCGAAUUAUACAUGGAGCUGGUUAUACAGACAUGGAAAAAUAUGCUUUUAAAACUUUAGUAUAUCAGAAUAUCUUUCUAGCCAUGCAAACAAUGUGUGAUGCACUGUGUGCACUUUCAAUAGAAUUAGAAUAUCCUGUAAAUCAAGAAAAUAUAGAACUUAUCAUAAAAGUUGAUCUUGAAGAUUCUGUUGAACUGACACCUGAACGUAUCAAUGCUAUACGUCAGUUAUGGGCUGACCAAGGAAUGAAAGAGUGCUAUGAACGUAGAAGAGAAUUUCAGUUGUCCGACUCAUCGAAAUACUAUUUGAACAAUUUUGACAGAAUAGCUGAUCCAGAUUAUUUACCAAGUCUACAAGAUAUUUUACGUGUACGUGUACCAACAACUGGUAUAAUUGAAUACCCGUUCAAUUUGGAUUCUACGGUUUUCAGGGUUGUGGAUGUGGGCGGUCAAAGAUCAGAACGAAGAAAAUGGAUUCAUUCCUUUGAAAGUGUAACUUCUAUUAUAUUUUUAAGUGCAUUAAAUGAAUAUGAUCAAGUUCUUGUAGAAAAUAAAAAUGAGGUAAUUUAUUUUGUAAAAAUUUUAAAAUAUUUUGCAAAAUUUCAAAAAUAUUUUUUAUUUAUAAAAGUGAGAGAGUCAUUUCAAAACUAUCUAUUAAUUAAUCAUCAUAGAAAUAGACCUGUAUGUUUUUAUUAUGUAAUCCAAGCCUCAUUCAAUUAUUCACUGUAG